AGAUCCAGCAUGAUGUCAUCCACAAAUUUGGAUUGUAGUAACUGAUACCAUUAGUCAUUUGAAAGAGAAACUGAACUUCUGAGAAACAUGUUGGAUACUAUAGACACCAGCCGAGCCCUACAGGCAGCAGAACGGUUGCAGGUUAAACUGAGAGAACGUGGUGAUAUAGCAAAUGAAGACAAGCUGAGUCUCCUAAAAUCAGUCCUACAAAGCCCUCUCUUCAGUCAGAUUCUGAACCUUCAGACGUCAGUUCAGCAGCUAAAAGACCAGGUAAAUGUUAUACCGUCCAUAUCUUCAGCUGGUGAAGAACUUACACAUUUUACAUCUAGUGGGCAUGCCACUUCGUAUAAUGAAUCUUAUUUAUUGGGUCAAAAUAAUGGUGAAUUUGAAUCACAUAUGGGAUCCAGUACUCCUCAAAUCAAUGGGAAACCUUCAGGUGAUGAAUUUGAUCAGCUGAUCAAAAAUAUGGCACAGGGUCGCCCUAUCGAGAUCUUUGAGCUUAUUAAGCCUGCAAGUGGUGGCCUAGGUUUUAGUGUUGUGGGACUGAAGAGUGAAAACAGAGGUGAAUUGGGAAUAUUUGUGCAAGAGAUUCAAGAGGGAAGUGUGGCACAAAGAGAUGGAAGACUGAAAGAAGCUGAUCAAAUCCUAGCAAUCAAUGGAUAUGCACUUGAUCAGACAAUAACACACCAACAGGCUAUUAGCAUCCUUCAAAAGGCCAAAGAUAAUGUCCAACUCAUUGUUGCCAGAGGCUCAUUGCCUCCACUCAUUAGCCCUAUAGUUUCCCGUUCUCCAUCUGCUGCUAGCACAGUUUCAGCUCACUCUAAUCCAGUCCAGUGGCAACAUGUGGAGACCAUUGAAUUGGUCAAUGAUGGAUCAGGUCUAGGAUUUGGUAUAGUAGGAGGCAAAUCAACUGGAGUAAUAGUAAAAACCAUUUUACCUGGAGGAGUGGCUGAUCAGCAUGGGCGAUUAUGUAGCGGAGACCAUAUCCUGAAAAUUGGAGAGACAGAUUUGUCUGGUAUGAGCAGUGAGCAAGUAGCACAAGUGCUCAGGCAGUGUGGGAAUCGAGUCAAGUUGGUGAUUGCAAGAGGUGUCAUAGAAGAACCCAUGGUAACAACCUCUUCAGGCAUCACAUUAUCUUCUUCCAUGUCUUCCAUGUUGGAAAAACCGAUGGAAAUGUCUAUGCAGAAAAAUGGAGAGGUUGAAACAUUUGAUGUAGAACUCACCAAAAAUAUCCAAGGAUUAGGAAUAACCAUUGCUGGUUAUAUUGGAGAUAAAAAAUCAGAAUCUUCAGGUAUAUUUGUAAAGAGCAUCACAAAAAGCAGUGCUGUUGAAAAUGAUGGAAGGAUACGUGUUGGUGAUCAAAUCAUAGCAGUGGAUGGUACAGACCUGCAGGGCUUUACAAACCAACAAGCAGUAGAGCUUUUACGGAACACAGGACAAACUGUGCGACUGGCGUUGAUGAGAAAAACAACUAAACCAGAAACCCAGAUUAGGUCUGAUGAGGACUUGGGCACUCCUGUUACAAAAGACAAAUUCCUUUUUUUAGAAGACUGUGACAAGGAUGAAGUUUCCCCAACAGUGGAGACAAAUAGCAGCAUACUUUCUGUGAGAGAAAGUGGUUCACCCCUGCUACCAGAAGAAGUAGAAAUUGAUGAAGGACAGCUUCAAGAAACAAAACUACUGAAUAAAUGGCAAAGGAUUAUGGGCCUCAAUUAUGAAAUCGUGGUUGCUCACAUGAACAAGUUCAGUGAGAGCAGUGGAUUGGGAAUAAGCUUGGAAGCAACUGUGGGACAUCAUUUCAUCAGAUCUGUUCUACCUGAAGGGCCUGUUGGACACAGUGGGAAAUUCUUCAGUGGAGAUGAGCUACUGGAAGUAAAUGGAAUAACUUUGCUUGGUGAAAAUCACAAAGAUGUGGUGAAUAUUUUAAAAGAACUUCCUAUACAAGUAACAAUGGUCUGCUGUCGUCCACUUGCUUUACCUGCUAACCAUGAUGGGUUGGAUGGGUUGAAUCUCUCUGAUAUCCAUGUAACUGAAAAGCCUCAUGUAGACCUCGGUGAAUUCAUUGGAUCGUCAGAGACAGAGGAUACUGCUUUCAAUGUGACUGAUAUGGGUCAGAAUACAGAAGAGGUGCAAGGAUCAUCUUUGGCAAUGUGGGAAACCAACAUUCAGCAUAUUGAGCUGGAAAAGGGGAGCAUAGGACUUGGUUUUAGCAUAUUAGACUAUCAGGAUCCAGUUGACCCUCUUCGCACAGUCAUUGUCAUUCGCUCAUUAGUGCCUGGUGGUAUUGCUGAACAGGAUGGAAGACUUCUUCCAGGGGACCGGCUUAUGUUUGUCAAUGAUAUUAACUUGGAAAAUGGCAGUCUCGAAGAAGCGGUGCAAGCCCUGAAAGGAGCACCAUCAGGAACUGUGAGAAUUGGAGUUGCUAAACCUCUCCCACUUUCACCAGAAGAAGGUUAUGUUUCUGCUAAGGAGGAUCCCUUUUUCUACACAGCAUACUCAUUUGAGGAGGAAGGGCCGACUGAUAUAGCCCUCUUCCAUGCUGAGGUAGCUCUGGUGGACGCAAAUGAGGCAGACUUAGCAGAUGAAUCCACCUUCGAGUCUCAGUACUCUCCUGAGGAUGAGGAUGCCUUCCAAGCCUCAAUGUUAGCUCUCCAUGGCAGUGCUUGCAGCAGUGGCUUGAACUAUAGCCUCUCUAUACCGCCAUCUCCUCCUAAGGAUACUGGUGAAAAUCCUGCUGAGCUUCUACUUGAUUUUCAAAUGUCCAGUGAGGAUCUGUACAGUAAGGAUCUGAUUCAAAGACAAGAUGAAAAGCUAUCAUCGGUGGACCUAAGAAUGGAGCCUUCAUCUAGCUUUACCAGCACAAAUCUCUUGCCUACACCAGCUGAAUGUGAAAAUGCAGAGAUUUGGACUGACUCUCAACUAGCAAAUGAAAUAUUAUCCACUGCAAAACUUACUUCAUUUAUGCUCCCAGAUUCUUCUGGACAAAAACAAGAAUCCAUAAUGGCAAAAGAUUCCCUGGAUUCCACUGGUGAACAUGCUGUGUAUCAUGAUUUAUCCAAAGAGUCAUUUGAGAAGACUAUUAUUAUAGCAAAAGGCAAUUCUAGCCUAGGGAUGACGGUAAGUUCUAACAAAGAUGGCUCGGGAAUGAUAGUCCGCAGCAUCAUCCAUGGUGGAGCUAUCAGUCGUGAUGGCCGGAUUGGUGUAGGAGAUUGUAUCUUAUCCAUUAAUGAAGAAUCUACCAUCAAUCUAACUAGUGCCCAGGCAAGAGCUAUGUUAAGGAGACAUUCUCUCAUUGGACCUGACAUAAAGGUUACCUAUGUGCCUGCAGAACUUUUGGAAGAAUACAGAACAAAUUUAGGACACCAAUCUGCGGAAGCAACGUCACUUGAUAUGUUUUCAUCUUAUACUGCCAGAGAAAUUCCAGAACUUCCAGAACGUGAGGAAGGAGAAGGAGAAGAAAGUGAACUUCAGAAUGCAGCCAACAAUAGUAAUUGGAGUCAGCCAAGGAGGGUUGAACUGUGGAGAGAACCAAACAAAUCCCUGGGCAUCAGCAUUGUUGGUGGACGUGGGAUGGGAAGUCGGCUAAGCAAUGGUGAAGUGAUGAGGGGUAUCUUCAUCAAGCAUGUUCUGGAAGAUAGUCCAGCUGGCAAAAAUGGAACCUUAAAAACUGGAGAUAGAAUAGUAGAGGUGGAUGGAAUGGACCUCAGAGAUGCAAGCCACGAACAAGCUGUGGAAGCCAUACGGAAAGCAGGCAACCCUGUACUCUUUAUGGUACAAAGCAUUAUAAACAGACCGAGGAAACCCCCUUUGCCUUCCCUGCCGUACAACCUUCACACUAAAUACAGUUUCAGCAGCACUAACCCCUUUGCUGAUUCUCUGCAGCUCAACACUGACAAGGCAUCUAGUCAGUUGGAUUCAGAGCCUGAAAAGACUUCAUUCCCUAGCUUGUCUCUGCCCCCUCCUUCAACAUUUUCUGGAAUGAGCAGUGAUACUGAAGAGUCAUGUUCCAGCAAAGUUUCAGAAGAUGGAGACAAAGAAGAUGAGUUUGGCUACAGCUGGAAAAAUAUCCUUCAGCGUUAUGGUACCCUAGCUGGUGAACUUUUCAUGAUUGAACUGGAAAAAGGCCGAACUGGUUUGGGCCUCAGUCUUGCUGGAAACAAAGAUCGGUCAAGAAUGAGUGUUUUUAUAGUUGGAAUUGACCCAAGUGGUGCAGCUGGAAAAGAUGGUCGACUGCAGAUUGGGGAUGAACUUUUAGAGAUAAAUGGGCAAAUUUUAUAUGGAAGAAGUCAUCAGAAUGCCUCUUCAAUAAUUAAAUGUGCCCCAUCAAAAGUAAAAAUCAUUUUUAUCAGAAAUAAAGAUGCAGUGAAUCAAAUGGCUGUUUGUCCUGGUAAAGGUAUGGAAGGUUUACCUUCUACCCUGGAGACUUUUCAGAAUCAGGAGGCUGAACUGAGUAUUACCAAUUCUGCUGUGGACUUCAGUUCUUUUAAAAAUGUUCAUCAUCUGGAACUUCCCAAGGAUCAAGGGGGUUUGGGCAUUGCCAUCAGUGAAGAAGAUACCCUUAAUGGAGUUGUCAUAAAGAGUCUAACUGAUUAUGGGGUAGCAGCAAAGGAUGGACGUCUCAAAGUUGGGGAUCAAAUCUUGGCAGUAGAUGAUGAAGUUGUUGUGGGUUUUCCUGUGGAAAAGUUUAUAAAUCUUUUGAAAACUGCAAAGAACACAGUAAAACUUACUAUUAAUGCAGAGGAUCCAGAUGCCCAGUCUGUCCAAUCAACCCUUGGUGGUACCUCCAUUGGAGAAAAAAAGAACCUUUCACAAGCUUCAGUAAUACCCCCUUCUGGAUCACCAGAACCUGAACCUAUCAGAAGCAUGAGCAGGUCCUCCACCCCAGCCACUUUCCCCUCUGAUCCAGCAACCUGUCCGAUUAUUCCGGGCUGUGAAACAACAAUUGACAUUUCCAAAGGACGUACGGGACUUGGAUUGAGCAUUGUUGGAGGAUCAGAUACUUUGCUGGGUGCUAUUAUUAUCCAUGAAGUUUAUGAGGAGGGAGCUGCCUGUAAAGAUGGAAGACUUUGGGCUGGGGAUCAGAUUUUAGAGGUGAAUGGGAUUGACCUCAGGAAUGCUACGCAUGAUGAAGCCAUCAAUGUACUGAGGCAGACACCUCAAAAGGUGCGCCUAACUAUCUACAGGGAUGAGGCCCAGUAUAAGGAGGAGGACAUGUAUGAUAUGUUCAAUGUAGAACUGCAAAAGAAGCCUGGAAAAGGACUUGGUUUGAGUAUUGUUGGUAAAAGAAAUGAUACUGGAGUAUUUGUAUCAGACAUUGUGAAAGGAGGAAUUGCAGAUAUGGAUGGAAGAUUGAUGCAGGGAGACCAGAUAUUAAUGGUGAAUGGGGAAGAUGUUCGUAAUGCCACUCAGGAAGCUGUUGCAGCAUUGCUAAAGUGUUCUCUAGGUACAGUAAGAUUGGAAGUUGGAAGAAUCAAAACGGGUCCAUUCCAUUCAGAGAGGAGGACAUCCCAGAGUAGCCAGAUGAGUGAAGGAAGCCUGUCAUCCUUCACUUUCCCUGUUUCUGGAUCCAACGCAUCAGAGGCAUUUGACAGUGUUUCAAAGAAGAAUGCCUUGGCUUUGGAAAUACAGGGAUUAAGAACAGUUGAAAUAAAAAAGGGUCCUGCUGACUCACUGGGAGUCAGCAUUGCUGGAGGUGUAGGCAGUCCACUUGGUGAUGUCCCAAUAUUCAUUGCCAUGAUGCAUCCGAAUGGAGUUGCUGCACAGACCCAGAAACUUAGAGUUGGAGAUAGGAUUGUGAGUAUCUGUGGAACUUCAACAGAGGGCAUGACUCAUUCCCAGGCAGUGAGUUUACUGAAAAAUGCUUCUGGCUCCAUUGAAGUACAGGUGGUUGCUGGAGGAGAUGUGAGUGUUGUCACCAGCCCACAGCAGGAAGCAGUUGGCUCUAGUCUUUCCUUUACAGGACUGACAACCAACAGUAUUUUUCAGGAUGAUUUAGGCCCUCCUCAAUAUAAGACCAUUACUCUAGACCGAGGACCAGAUGGUCUGGGCUUCAGUAUAGUAGGAGGAUAUGGCAGCCCUCAUGGAGACUUACCCAUUUAUGUUAAAACAGUAUUUGCAAAGGGAGCUGCAGCUGAAGAUGGACGCUUGAAAAGGGGUGAUCAGAUAAUUGCUGUCAAUGGCCAGAGUCUCGAAGGGGUGACCCAUGAGGAAGCAGUUGCUAUCCUGAAGAGGACAAAAGGCACUGUUACUCUGACCAUUCUUUCAUGACCUGAACUGUCCUAGUUGGGUCAUUGGAUCACCUUAUUGAAAUUCUUUCCAUUUAGUAAAGAGAAUGGAGAUUUUCUCAUCACUUUUUCCCCAUUUCUUCUUUACUUGACUCUUCUGCUGUGCCAGAAUGACAAUGACCUUUAAUGAUCCACUUUUUCUCAUUUAAAAAAUAUUUGUCCUAGUCAAUUCCUGGGGUGUCUUUAUGGACUUAGUACUGAUAUCCUCACUGGGCCAUCACCCCCAGUUAUGUCCCUCUUGUGACCUGUAGUUACUGCCCUUAAUCUCCAAAGAGGAAAUACUUAUAUUCAUAACUCCACUUUGCAAAGAUAUAUAGGAUUUUCUAAAGGAUAAGGAAGAAAUAUUAUGUGGCAAAAUUGUAGGAAACAAAAGUAUAAGGAUACCUUUUGGAGGCAAGUGUUGGUAAAAUUAAAGUAAAAAAGAAAUAUACGCUUUUUAAAAAUUGUGUCUGAGGUGGCCAACAUUCUCUCCCCUGAUACAAACACACAAAAAUUGUUGGUGUGCAAAGCUGCAAUGAAUUUUUUCAGUAAUCUCUUUAGCUUGAGCAUUGCACAAUUUGGAUGAUGAUUUCUCUUUGCCCUCUAUUCAUUUCUGCUGAAUCAGGCUUUCUAAACUUAGUUUAAGGGCAGUCAGUAUAUAAAACAGCAUCUCUGAAUGUUCGGAAGAAAAAUUAUUUUAAAGCUCUAAGGAAUUUUUCUUUUCACUAAUGACCUAUUCUAGGAUAUAUUCCCGUUGCUGUAGGCAUUUGCUUCUCCUACUCUGCAGUGUAUAUUUUUCUGCAGGAAGCAGCCAGGCUAAAAAUGGAGUGGCAUAUAGAAAACCUGAAAUAUUUCAAGUGCUAGUUUUAACUACCAAGGCAACACUAAAAAUGUGUUAAUGAUCUGGGUGAUUGGCUUAACAAUUAGUAUUAAUUUUAAUGUCUGAAAACAACAGUAUGUUAGUAAUUAUUUUGGUGAUAAGCCAUUAGUAAUUUCAUAGAAAAAUUAAGGGGAUUAACAUAACUUCAUUUCAUUACUUCACAUUAACAUCUUAUAGUACAAUAGCCUCAGACCAAGGAAAACAGAUGGAACUGUUUAUUGAGACAACUGGUGAGGCAUUAUCAUGUGUUCCUUCCCAUUUUAGAGCGUGAAACUCCUACAUUAGAAUAUGUAAAGUCACUUUAAAUAUUAUCUAUAUUUGUAACAGAAGUAGUGUACAGAUAUUUUAUUACUGCAUUCUUGUGCAAAUGCAGAACUGAAGUGAAUAAAUAUGAGGCUGUCUCUCUGGUGUACAAAUAAAGAAACAGAUGUAUGUUUUGUUUUAAUGG